AUGGAAGACGUGGUCACAGACAUCCCUCCGCCGUCGCGGUUCUUCCCGGAGGACCUCGACAACUUCGCCUCCCCAUCACCGGCACUCCCUUCGCCUUUCGUACUCCUCUCCGACAGAAACCCUAGACCUCGCCCGUCCCUCAUGGUGGUCGCCAUCUCCCCGGCCUCCCGCCUGCUAGUCCACCGCCUCUCCCCCAAGUCUCUGUUCGGGGCUCUCUUCCUCCCGGAGCUCCCGCUCGCCGGCAACCACAUCGUGCCGUCUCCGCGCGAUAGCGGCUGCAACAUCUACGCCGCCGGCGAGGGCAUUCUCCUGGUCUCCUUCCAGUAUCCGGCGGCGGCGGCGGAGAGGGCGCGCUCGGUGGCGAAGGCGCUGAUGAGGGACAUCUCUCCCCAGGAGGUACUGGUCCUGGACUCCGUCCGCAGCGGGAGCUUCAGGGGGCGGCUGUCGACCGACGAUUCCAUGGAGUUCAAGCUGGAGACAGCGGCGAAGAGGGCGGCCGGCUCCUUCCCCGCGCUGCGCCGCGUGGCGUAUUACACGACGGGGAGCGUGGCGGAGGGCGUGGGCGCCGCACUGCUGGCGGAGUGCCAGAUGAGGAAGCUGAAGGGGACGCUAUGUGUGGCGUGGCCCGGAGCUGGCGAGGCCUCGUCGCCGUCGUCGUCGCUCGAGUCUCUGCUUCGCGAUCUCCUGCCGGGUUUGCGAUUCUCGGCGGACAACGGGGUUAGGGUUUCAGUUGCCGACUCGGAUCUCUACGUCUGA